AUGGCGCGCAAACGUGCGACACCCGGGCAACCAGCGUGGAGCAAAUCCAAUCCAUACACACUCGCCAACUCACCACAUCCACUACGCCACCAACGCUCUAUCCACCGUCAAGAGCAUACUUAUCGCCUCCUGCCCAGCAAAGUCAUCAUGUCGAACAACGGGCCAACCCGCUUCGAAACCGCGCUCAAGAAGUCCAAAACCUUCUUCAGCGACCUUGUCGAUCGAGCCAAAACCAAAGCGAAAGGCAACAACACCAAAUCGCAACACGGCAAUGCCAACAACAGCGAGGGCCCCAAGCCCAAAGUCUACUCCUCCAACAUGCGCGCAGUCACCCAAGAGGAGUUGGCGACCGCUCCUGACCUCGGCGCGCAUGGAUGGGGUGAUCAGAGCUGGCAGAAAGUACGGGGGGAGCAGAGGCGCGGUACAGACCAAGCGGUGAAGGGAGCUCAUGGGCGGACUGCGUCGGAGCCGGGAACUGUUAGGGGAUACGGCGCGGGUUUGGGAGAUGGAGCGGGAGCUCAAGCGCUGCCGCGACCGCAGGCGUAUAGGAGGGUGUCGAGUACGACGGCGAUAUGGGGAGGGAAAACGGGCUGGUCGGUCCAUCCUGCUUUCAGACUGCGCCAGGGCGAUGCAGAAGACGGGAAGUGCGGGGAUUGUGAGCAGUCAAGGCGCGGGCACUAG